CGCGGGCCGGGAGGAGGCGCCCUAGCAGGCGACGCCUCUCGAGGAAGUUUGCCCUUUAAUUACGGAGCGGGGUUCCCGGGUCGCUCAGCCUUCGGGAGCGAGCGACCGGGAGUGCAGCGCGGUCAGUCCUACCCGGCGGCUCCGCGCACUCCGCACCGCGGCCAUGGGCGGCUCGGCCUCCAGCCAGCUGGACGAGGGCAAGUGCACCUACAUCCGAGGGAAAACUGAAGCUGCUAUUAAAAACUUCAGUCCCUACUACAGUCGGCAGUACUCAGUGGCUUUCUGCAACCAUGUGCGCAGUGAAGUUGAACAACAAAGAGAUCUGACAUCACAAUUUCUGAAGACCAAGCCGCCACUGGAACCCGGAACUGUGUUAUAUGAAGCAGAGAUCUCACAGUUUGCAGAAGACAUAAAGAAGUGGAAGGACAGAUACGUUGUGAUUAAAAAUGAUUUUUCUGUGGAAAGCUAUGAUAGCAAAGAGGCCUAUCAAAAAGGAGCUGUUCCUAAAAGUCGAAUUCUUCCAGCUGGUGGCAAGGUAUUAACCUCAGAAGAUGAAUAUAAUCUAUUAUCUGACAAGCAUUUCCCAGAUCCCAUUGCUUCCAAUGAGAAGGAAAAUUCUCAGCCUUUUGUGGUCCUGCCGAAGGCGUUCCCCGUGUACCUGUGGCAGCCCUUCCUGAGACAUGGCUACUUCUGCUUCCAGGAGGCUGCUGACCAGAAGAGGUUCAGCACGCUCCUGAGUGACUGCGUCAGGCACCUGAAUCAUGAUUACAUGAAGCAGACGACAUUUGAAGCCCAAGCCUUUUUAGAAGCAGUGCAGUUCUUCCGACAGGAGAAGGGUCAUUACGGCUCAUGGGACAUGACUGCUGGGGACGAAAUCCAGAUCCUGAGUAACCUGGUGAUGGAGGAGCUCCUACCAACCCUUCAGACAGAUCUGCUCCCUAAAAUGAAGGGCAAGAAAAAUGAUAGAAAGAAGGCCUGGUUUGGUCUGCUGGAAGAAGCCUACAACCUGGUGCAGCACCAAGUUUCAGAAGGAUUAAGUGCCUUGAAGGAAGAAUGCAGAACCCUGACAAAGGGCCUGGAAGGAACAAUUCGUUCAGACAUGGAUCAGAUUGUAAAUUCAAAGAACUUUUUAAUUGGAAAGAUCAAAGCCAUGGUGGCCCAGCCAGCAGAGAAAACCUGUGGGGAGAGUGUGCAGCCAUUCCUGGCGUCCAUUCUGGAAGAGCUCAUGGGGCCGGUGAGCUCAGGUUUCAGUGAAGUACGCUCAUUGUUUGAAAAAGAAGUGGAUGAACUCAGCCAGAGCUUUCAGACCACCAAGGACAGCGCCCGGCUGAAGGAGCAUCUAGGCCAGCUUAUGAAUCUGCCGCUAGAUUCGGUGAAGAUGGAACCUUGCUACACUAAGGUCAACCUACUUCAUGAGCACCUGCAGGAUCUCAAGAGCCGCUUCAGAUUUCCACACAUCAACCUGGUGGUCCAGAGGACACAGAACCACAUGCAGGAGCUCAUGGAGAAUGCAGUGUUCACGUUUGAGCAGUUGCUCUCCCCGCAUCUCCAAGGAGAGGCCUCCAGAACUGCCGCUGCCGUUGAGAAGGUGAAGCUCCGAGUCCUGAAGCAAUAUGAUUAUGACAGCAGCACUAUCCGGAAGAAGAUCUUUCAGGAGGCACUGGUUCAAAUCACACUUCCCACUAUGCAGAAGGCACUGGCGUCCACGUGCAAACCAGAGCUUCAGAAAUAUGAGCAGUUCAUCUUUGCAGAUCAUACCAAUAUGAUCCACGUUGAAAAUGUCUAUGAGGAGAUUUUAUAUCAGAUUCUCCUUGAUGAGACUCUGAAAGUGAUAAAGGAGGCUGCUAUCCUGAAGAAACAUAACUUAUUUGAAGACAACAUGGCCUUGCCCAGUGAAAGUGUGUCCAGCUUAACAGAUCUAAAGCCUGCCAUUGGGUCAAACCAGGCCAGCCCUGCCAGGACAGUGUCUGCCAUUGUGCCUGGAGCUCUAGAUAGUGAGACUCCAAAUAAGGAAGUGUUCCAGGAGUCAGAGGAGAAGCAGCAGCCUGAGGAUCCCAGUUUAUUGGCCAAACAGGAAGGCCUUUCUCUCCCUGAGCCCAACUCUGCCCUAAGUGAGAGUGAGCAGAUGACAGUCUCAGGCACAGAUGACCCUGCUGUGACUCCUGUGGCUAAAGAGGACGUGGAAGAAACCCUGGUUGUACACUCAUCAGAGCCAGAAAUGGGAGGGGCUUCUGAAAAUGAAGAGCCCACCCAUGAAAAGCCAGAACCCACCACUGCCUCAGGAUCCUUGAAGGAGCUCAGAGAUUUGCUGACGGUGACUGUUGAAGUGCCAGUGCAAUCUGCUGUGGUGACUGCAGAAGACACAGAUGAGAAGACAGUGAUUUCCCAACAGAAUGAGAAAGAAGAGGAAAAAACCCAGAUCAACACAGAGGCCAGUCAGGCAGCCGCCCCUCUGGAGGACAGUCGUGAAGAAAGCGAAGUCAGUGAGCGGGAAGCCCAUUCUCCUCCUCCAGAGGCUCAGGUACCCGCGGUAGACUUGGGGGCAUUUCCUGAGCUGAGCAGCCCUGCUCCUCAGCCAGCUUGUGGCGAGUUCACUGGACAUCUCACAGAGGACACCAGCUGUCCAGACCACACAGCAGAGCCAACAGAGGCCAUAGAAUCUUGUGAGAUGGAGCUUGCAGGGAGGGCUGCCACACUGGAUGCCAUUGAAGGAGAAGAGGCCCCUGGGAGUGCUGUAGAGGGCCAGGCCACGGGUGAGGAAGGCGGUCCUUUCCAUUCUGACCCCAUUUGCCCCGCUGAGAGCCAGGUUCCUGAGGAACAAGAAGUGAUGGGAGAGAGAAGUGUUGUGGCCCCAGCUGUGACCAGCAUGGAUACAGAGGCUGUGAAGCCUGCCCACUUUGAUGAAUGUCAGCAGGUGGCUGAGAAUGCUCCACACACAGAUGCCCUAGAUUCAUUUAAAGAUGAUGUGAAGGCGGGAGAAAGUUGCCAGCAGAGCUCCCCAGAGCAGCCCUCAGAGGAGUGAGAGGCACGGUUUGGCAAGUCUUUCUUUAAACAAAGUCAAAGGGUUAUAGUUAAGGGUAUAUGAGGGAGUUGCAUGUGAUUUACCUGAAAAACAAAUUAUGAAAUAUUUCUUUAAUCCUAAUAAUGAAGCCAGAAAAAGUGCACAUAGGCUACGAGCACAGAGACCAGCCUUUGUGGAACUGAACUGCCUCACCAUCCUGUAUGGCUUUAGCAUUUUUAUAGGAAUCACAAAGGCGCUGGAGUGUUGGGGUGACGGGAAGCAGGAGGGGCGCAGUUCUCCAUAUUCCACACAUUUCAGUGGUGCAAUUUUCUACUGCACUUUCAGGCUUUUUAACUUUUCUUAAAAAUGCAAAUGUAUGCUGUAAUUUCUGCCUCACCAUUUCCAUUUACUCUAUCACUUCCUGGCCUCUUAGGGACUCAACAUUUGUCCCUAGGCAGGCUGCAAAAAGAGGAGGGUCAUGAGCACCAGUCGCCCCUGAUGUGUGCAACCCACAGAACCAUUCAUACCCCAUGCAGGUCUCAGGAGAGCUGAACAGAAGCCAAGGAGGAAGGUUGGGAUCUGUGGGACUGUAUGGGCCUUUACUAAUUAUGCACCCAAUUUCUUGUUAAUUAAUUGUGUGGAUUUUUAUCAAUUAAUUACCUUUUAAGGAAAUUCAGACGAGGCAACGAAAUUGUAUUGGCAAGUGUAAGCCUGAAAGCAUUCCAAAUUAGUCUUAGACUGUGCAAAGAGCUUAGCUAAAAUUAUGAAGCUUAAAGCCUACAAAUUAAAUAAAUGUUAUUUGAAUAGGCACUGCACGCCACACACUGUGUUAGGCAUAGUAAUAAAGAAAAAAUAUAAAGUGAUUUGUCUCAUAUAAAAGGCUUGUGAGAAUUUAGAAGAAGAAAUCAUGCCAAUUUUCAAGCCAUGAUAACUUUCUUUUGUUCCACUGGUUUGUUUUCAGAUAAGGAAUCAAUGAAUCAAUGAAUCAGUGAAUCAGUGAAUGAAUACAAAAGCCAAGGUAUAGCUCACCAACUUCCAGUGUAACUAAAAUUAGAAAUCAGUUGUUCAUUUGGAAAAUUAAUUGAAUCCUUAUUAGGUACCAACUAGUGGUGAUACCCGAUUGAGAAGGUCACUGUUCUUUUCUUCCUGAAAGCAAAUAGAAAUGUAUCUUGUAAAUGGAUAGUAAAACGUAACUGUUAAUAUUAAAAAUGAAAUGGACUUACUUGCAUAAAUCUACAAAAAAGACUUCUUUAGAAAAACUCCAGGAGGGGAUGGGGGUUUAGCUCAGCGGCAUAAGCGCCUGCCUUGAAAGCAGGCAGUCGUGAGUUCGAUCCCUGGUACCGAUAAAAACGAAAAAGACAAAAAAAAAAGAAAGAAAAACUCCAGGUUAUUCCCUAAGCAUUUCAAUCCCAGGUACUAUAUCUUGAAGUUUCCUUCCACAAAUUUUAGUAUUACAUUCUAAUAUAUUGUAUAAGAGCUUGUUUUGAUUAUCACCACCAAGCAUACUUACAUUAAUUCUUUAGAGAAUUUGUUCCACAGUUUAACCAUUUAACCAGGAAAGAAAAUAUUUCCUUGCAUAGAAUUCUUCCCAUGAGGGCUGGGAAUUUAGCUCAGCGGCAUAAACGCCUGCCUUGCAAGCAAGCAGUCAUGAGUUCGAUCCCCAGUACCGAUUAAAAAAAAAAAAUUCUUCCCAUGAAGAAAAAGAGGAAUAAUAAUCAGUAUCAGUACAGUUUCAUACUGGAUUAUCUCAGUUCUGUAAGUGUUUAGACUCUGAGGUGUAUGAAGGAUCCCGUCACAAUUAAGGAAGGUAGAGAUAGAUCAUUUCUCCCUUGUCUCUGCUUAGCCAUUACUCACUCAUCUCCUGGCAUUUGUCACAGUGUAUUAAAAUUAUGUUUACUAACUGACUCUCCUAGAAACUCCUUUCUUCCAGGAUUAAAAUUCAGGUUUAGUCAUCAUUUGUGCUUCCUGCUAAAACUCCACAUCCUUGAAUCAUGGCUUCCUGUGUGUCUAGUAACUUUAAUAUCCCUAGUGUGCAGCACCGGAACCGGCACACGGGAUGCUCAGGAAAUGGAGGAACUGAAUACCCAGUACCCUGCUGUAAAAAGGCUAUCCGGGGCUUGCUGUUAGACAGGGAGAUGUUUUCAUUCAGGCUUUCUGCCCUCAUUGUGUCUUCCCUUAAAUAAAGUCCAGAGUCCGAAAGGCAGAUGGCCAGAUGGCCAGAAGCACUACACAGCAAGGCAAGGAGCCAAAGAAGCAGUGCCCAGCCCCCUGAGGCCUGCCCUUCUUUCUGGGAGAAUUGUGGUCUAUGGAGCACUAGCUCAGGCCCACUCUGCCCCAGAGCAUUCCCAGCCCCCCUCCUUUGCUCACCUCAGUGCUUCCUGCACCCCUUGGAAAGCUAGGAAUCUUUCCAAUCCUAGGAGAGUUCAUUUCACUGCAUUAGAUGGAUGAAUAUCAGUACCUUUCCUUUUUCCAUUCUGAAACUAGGCACUAAGUAGCAGAGCAUACUGGUAAACACAAUACAAAUCUUUUGCUGUACAUAUUUCACAAAGGCAAGUUCUUUCACAUGAGCAGGACUGUUACAUUUGAAAAUGGAGUAUGAAAUUGAGGUGCAUGAAAUAUUUCAUGUCCGUGAUACUGUGUUGAAGAGGCGACUUCAUGUUAUCAUGCCUUUUUCUUAUUUCUCACGUAGAUUCGUGUGUGUUGCUUUAGUGGUUUCCAGGUGGGAGCAAGGUCAUUAUGAUUCAAAUGAGCAGCACAAAAAGCCGCAGUGCACUGCUCUGGGGAUCUCUGCUAUGGGCAAAGCCUUUAGAAAUGCAUAAAACCUCAAGACACGGUCCUUGGCAAAAACCCCAUGACUUUAAAGCAGAUAUGCUAUUAGUGACCUUUCACAAAGAAUAUUUUCCUUGAAAAAAAUGGCUUGCCUGUGUUUCCUGUUUCACUUGGAGCAGACAGUAAGUAGUGCUUUGCAUUAUGCACAGUAAACUUUUUUGUUUUUUAAGGAUUUUGGAGAUUGAGGAUAAGACUCCAUUUUAUCCAGAAACUUUAUAAAGAGGCUGCACGUGAAGAAUUGAAGAAUGUUAGUUAGAUUCUCUUCAUUUUAUUGAAGGACUCACAAACCUGGGUUUAUAAUUGUCCAGAUGAGAACCAGUGAUUUCAGAGGGUUUUUAACCAUUCUUCCAGAUAAAAAGUAAUUACAAUUCAUUAGAAAAAUUGCUUAAUGGGCAGUGGUUGUGGCUCAGUAUUAGAGCACUUAACCAGCAUGUAUGAAUUCUUGGGUUCAGCCAGGUACUACUAAAAAAAGUGUUAAAUGUUAAGUGCUACAUAACAAUAUUAACAUGGGGAAGAGAAGGACAUCCCUGACUCAAAAAAUCAUAGUUUCACAAAGUGAGAAAGUUGGCAGCGAAUGUCUCUCUCCUUUACCAUAAGCAGAUGGGUUUGGAGGUUUACGUUCUGAAGUCUGCAAGUUUUAGAUUAAAAAAAAAGACUACACUGUGGUGGUUUUAUUUUUAUGGUCACUAUAUAAAGCAAAUAAACCUAAAACACUUUGUAACCAUGUAUUUACUCUGCCAAGUGCCUAUAUUUCAAUAAAAUUCUCAUCCAUGAA